AUGAAUCUUCCUUAUUUCACAGAAGGGAAAAUCCAAAGUCUUGAAACUAACUUUUACACCCCUAGCCUGAUGAGGAGGCAGCUGGUAUUGCAGAUCUUAUUGGGUUCAGUCUUCACUGGACUGCUGUUAUUGCUGGCAGAUCAACAGCAGGGUUCCUGGAAAUCUUCAAUGGAUUUGUGUCCUCCAUCCCAGAAAACUCCCACCAAAGACCUUUUGGGCCUUUCUUCAAGGAAGUUUGAGUGGCUGACUCGGACACCACAUCCCUUUGACCUAAAGUACCCUUAUCCCUACCCUUUCCUGAUCAACCAUCCUGAUAAAUGUGAGGGCCCCAGGGGUGCCCCCUUCCUGCUCAUGCUGGUGAUGACCCGGCCCCAGGAUGUGGGGGUGCGCCAGGCCAUCCGGCAAACAUGGGGUAAUGAGACUUUGGUACCCAGUGUGGUUGUCCGUAGACUCUUUGUUCUUGGCCUGCCUCCACCUCUCUUUGACAAGGAACUUCAGGCUCUCCUGGAAGAGGAGGACAGGGAGCAUGGAGAUCUCCUCCAGGUGGGCUUCCUGGACACAUACCGAAACUUGACUCUCAAGGUCCUCAUGGGGCUGGAGUGGAUGGCCCAACACUGUCCCAAUGCUCAAUAUGUGCUCAAGGUGGAUAGUGAUGUCUUUCUAAAUCCCAGUUUCCUAAUACGGCAAAUAUUGCAGCACAAUGGACCCCCACGGCCCAACUUCAUCACAGGACACAUCUAUAGAAACCCAAACCCUGAGCGGAGAAAGGGUCUCAAGUGGUACAUGCCCCCGGAGCUGUAUUCCCAGAGCAAGUAUCCUGACUAUUGUGGGGGUCCUGGCUAUGUUAUGUCUGGGUCCCUGGCCCUCAGGAUCCUGGGUGUAGCCCAGAGAGUCAAGGCCAUCUACUUAGAGGAUGUGUUUGUGGGGUUCUGCCUAAAGCAUCUGGGUAUAAAGCCCCUACCUGCUCCCCCCAAUACCUUCCUGAUGUUCAGGAGAACUUAUGACAAAUGUGCCUUCCAACGACUUGUCCUGGUCCACCACUUCCAGCACCCAGAGUUACUACAAAUUUGGCCAGACUUCCUGAGAGCUAAUAAUACCUGCAAAGUGGUAUAG